AUGACAGGUUCACCUCCAUCGACUGUAUCUUCAACGCAUACUGUACAAGGUGAACGUACUACUCAAAAUGUAGUCACGACUACUACUACUAUUCAUACCAAUGGCUCCAAUUCAAAUUCAUUAGACGAAAAACAUAUUUCUGACAUUGAAGAGUUACCAAUCCAACAAACAACACAGAAUAACGAUGGUGAUUCCAAUCUUGACGAAAAGAAUGGCAAGAAGAAAAAGAAGGAAAAGAAAAAGAAGGAACCUUCUGUACCUAUUUAUCGCCUAUUUCGAUUCGCUACUGCUGGUGAUUUAGCUUUGAUUGCUUUGGCCUGUAUCUUCUCUGCUGGUAUUGGUGCUAUACAACCUGCUACAAUUGUUAUCUUUGGUAACUUCCUUGGUCAAGUACAAUCUACCUUUUCUGCUACAAUGAUGCCUGGUGCUGUAUGUGAACCCUCUAACAAAGGUUUGGAUGCUACUAUGGGCUUGAUUCUCACAUUUGUUUAUAUGGGAACUGCGGUUUUGAUUGCUGCCUAUCUUACAAAUGCUUUCUGGGUCUGGACUGGAGAACGACAAACACGAAGAAUCCGUACUGCUUAUGUUCACGCUAUCCUUCGUCAAGAAAUGGGUUGGUUCGAUAAAGCAGAAGAAGGUUCAUUGACUACUCGAUUGGCUGCAGAUACUCAACUUAUUCAAGAUGGUAUUUCUGAAAAAUUUGGUCUCUUUGUUGCUGCUAUUGCUCAAUUUAUUUCUGGUUUUAUCAUCGCCUUCGUUAAAGGUCCUAAAAUGGCUGCUGUUAUGCUUGCUACGAUGCCAUUGUUAGCUGGUGCUGGUGCUGCGAUGGGUUAUUUCAUCACCAAAUAUACUCUCAAGGCUCAAGAUUCUUAUGCUGAUGCUGGAUCCGUUGUUGAGCAAGCUUUUGCUGGUAUUCGUACUGUUUCUGCAUUCUCUAUCCAAAAUCGAUUCUUCAAGCGUUAUGAUCAAGAAUUGGUCCAUGCUCGUGACGUUGGUAUUAUGCGCGGUCGUGUUCUUGGUUUUGGUUUUGGUACUUUUAUGUUUAUUCUUUUCAGUACUUACGGGUUGGCUUUCUGGUAUGGUUCUCACUUGGUGAUGGCAGGUGAAUUCGAUGCUUCUCAAGUAUUGAUUGUAUUCUUUGCCAUGAUUAUCGGUGCUAUCGCUCUUUUACAACUACCUCCCAAUAUUUCUGCUGUGUCAAGUGCUGCGGGAGCCGCAUACAAGAUUUUCGCGACUAUUGAUCGUGUACCUGAAAUUGAUUCCGACUCCAAAGAAGGAUUGACUCUCGAAAAGGUUCAUGGUGACAUUGAAUUCCGUGAUAUCAAGUUCGUUUAUCCUACUCGACCUGACAUCACUAUUCUCAAAAAGCUUAAUCUCAAGAUUCAUCCUGGUAUGACUGUCGCUUUUGUUGGCCCAUCUGGUUCCGGUAAAAGUACAAGUAUCUCUCUGUUACAACGGUUUUAUGAUCCUAUUGAAGGUCAAGUUCUUUUGGAUGGCAAGGAUCUGAAGGAUUAUAAUGUCGCUUGGUUACGUCGUCAAAUUGGUGUUGUCUCUCAAGAACCUGUUCUCUUCAAUAUGUCAAUCAAGCAAAAUUUAAUGAUGGGUGCUACUCGUGAAGUGACUCAUGAUGAAAUGGUGGAAGCUUGCAAAAAAGCCAAUUGUCAUUUGUUUAUUACUCAGUUACCUCAAGGUUAUGACACUAUGAUUGGUGGAACUGGAUUACUCUCUGGUGGUCAAAAACAACGUAUUGCUAUUGCUCGUGCUAUUUUGAAAAACCCUUCUAUCUUAUUAUUGGAUGAAGCUACUUCUGCUCUGGAUACUCAAUCAGAACGUCUUGUUCAAAAAGCUUUGGAUGCUGCCUCUGCUGACCGUACUACUAUUGUGAUUGCUCAUCGUUUAUCUACUAUUCGAAAUGCUGAUCUUAUUGUGGUGAUGGAUCAAGGUGAUUUGGUUGAACAAGGAACUCACAAUGAACUCUUAGCUCAAGGUGGUGUUUAUGCUGAAUUAGUCAAGAAACAAGAAAUUGCUCUCGGAGAAACCAACUUUAUCGAAUCUGAAAUAGAUGAAGACACUUUGUUGAAACAAGAACAAGCUGAAUUGGAAAAGGCCCAAGAAAUUCAAAUUGUUACUGAAAAACGUGGCUCUGUGGAUCUUGUUAAGAUGAACAGUCGUACAUCCGCUGUAGAUGCCUAUGAACUUAAACUCAAGAAAGAACUUGAAGAAAAGAAAUUGGCUUCCAAGCAACGUACUCCUUUCAAACGGGUCAUCAAGCAAAUGCGUCCUGAAUGGCAUUAUCUUGUCACUGGUGUUAUUGGUGCAGCUAUCGCUGGUGCUGUGUUUCCCUGUUUCGCUCUUGUGUUUGCUCAAGUUUUGAAUAUCAUCAUGUUUAAACCUCCUUCUGAAAUGGCUCCUGCUCCAGUUCAAGGGGCUAACUUGUAUGCAUUCUUGUUCUUGAUUAUUGGUAUUGCUGCCUUUGGUGGUUUCUCUGUCCAGUUGAUAUCUUUUGAAACUGCUGGUGAACAUUAUACAAAACGUCUUCGUGGUCAAAUCUUCCAAGCCUACUUGCGUCAAGAAACUGGUUUCUUUGAUGAUGAAGAACAUACCGUUGGUGCUCUUACUUCCAAACUUGCUAUUGAUGCCAAGAAUGUAAAUGAACUUGUCACUAAGACUUGGGGUGAUGUUACUCAAAUUUGUGUCACUGGUAUCACUGGUCUCGCCAUUGCCUUCUCUCACAGUUGGACUUUAACAUUGAUUAUUCUUUGUAUGGCACCCUUCAUCAUGUUUGCCACCGCUUAUGAAUCCAGGAUCCAUCGUGGUUUCGAAGACAAGACAAAAAAGGCUAACGAACAAAGUGGUGAAGUUGCUGGUGAAGCUAUCAAGGAAAUCCGUACUGUCGCUUCCCUUCAUCGUCAACAACAUUUCGAAGAUCGAUUUUACAAGGCAACAGAACGUCCUCACCAAUUGGCUCGCAACAAGGCAAUCACUGCUUCGUUAGGUUAUGGUUUACAUCAAGGUAUCAAUAUUUACACUAAUGCUGUCGCCUUUUAUGCUGGUAUUCGUUUGAUGGAUAAUUGUACGAUUUCUUUCUUGCAAAUGUUUACAACAAUGAUGGUGGUCAUGAUCUCUGCUCAAGGUGUUGGUCGUGCUUCUGUCUUCACAUCUGUUUUCGCCAAAGCCAAGAUUUCAGCCAUUGCCACCUUUGAAGUGAUGGAUCGUACUCCCAAGAUUGAUCCUGAAUUGGAAGGUAUUGAACCUGAAACUAUUAAUGGCAACGUUGACUUUGAAAAUAUUACCUUCCGUUAUCCUGCUCGACCUGAUGUUCCUAUUUUCAAUGGUGAAUUCAACUUGCAUGGAAAGGCAAACACUACUAUUGCUCUUGUCGGUCCUUCCGGUUGUGGUAAAAGCACGACGAUCGGUAUGCUUCAACGUUGGUAUGACCCUCUUAAUGGAAGUGUUCGUGUGGAUGAUCAUAAUGCAAAUUCGUUUACUCUUGGCAACUUACGUAGUCAUAUGGCUUUAGUUGGUCAAGAACCCACUCUGUUUGAUCUUUCUAUUGGCGACAAUAUUCGAUAUGGUGUGGAAGAACAUAAAACUGUUAGUCAAGAAGAAGUUGAAGAAGCUUGUAAAUCAGCAAAUAUUCAUAAAUUCAUCAUGGGAUUACCUCAAGGUUAUAAUACUCGUGUUGGUGAUAAAGGAAGUCAAUUAUCUGGUGGACAGAAACAACGUAUUGCCAUUGCUCGUGCAUUGAUUCGAAAGCCAAAGAUUCUCUUAUUGGAUGAAGCUACUAGUGCAUUGGAUAGUGAAUCCGAAAAAUUGGUACAAGCAGCAAUUGAUAAGAUUUUGGAUGAAAAGGAUAGUGGUCGUACAACAAUCACAAUUGCUCAUCGUCUAUCUACUAUUCAAGGUGCUGAUAUGAUUUGUGUUAUCAAGGAUGGUCGUGUGAUCGAACAAGGUUCUCAUUUCGAAUUAUUGAAACUCAAUGGUGUUUAUAGUGAAUUGGUCCAUCAACAAUCUCUCAGUGCCAACUAAGAUGUUAGUUUAGUUGUAUAUUAUCAUUCUUUUUUUUUUUUUGUUUUUUGUUUACUAUAUUAUUUGUACUCUUUAUUAUUAUUAUUAUUCUAUUACUAUUAGACCUUUGUGUUACUAUUUAUUCUUCCUUUGUUAUAUAUAUCUAGGAUCUAGAUGUAGAAGGAUUCCGUUUUCUAUUUUAUUUUUUUUAUUUUUAUUUUUUUGCAUUGCUACAUAUUAUCUUAUUUUAUCAAAUCAAUAAAUACCUUUGUGUUUUAUUACCCUACUUCCUUUAUACUGAAUAUACGACAUUGAAAGAUCAACAAAACAUGAAACAAUUUUGGUUAAAAAGAAUUUUUAUGCU